AUGGUCCGAACUUUCGCAAUUCGAAUCCUACGACGAGCACAACUUUCAUUCGGAUCUAGACAGUCAUCGGCUGCCUGCGAGACACUCAUAUCGAUCAAGACGGAGAAGAAGCCCGAGCAUCGAACGCGAGGACAAAACAGGACUUGGGCAAGUGAUACAAGAGAACUGCGAAAACGGAAACAUCUGGGAGGGCCGACAGGGACAGUCCACACUGAAAUGCGGAGAAAGGUUGAAGUCGAAAGCCUCACUGCCGAUUUCUUUACCGCCGAAACAGAUGAGGAUGCAACUCGCGAGGAGGCACAGCAAACGAAAAUGAAGCCAGAGCACACCAGUGCUGUCUUGACGCAUCGAAUUUAUAGUCAGGGCAAGACUUUGAGUUCAGACGCACUUUAUCUCAUGAUACUCAAUUCCCCCGAGGAAGCCCAAGAUGCGAAUCAGGACAUCAAAAAAACCUUCGUUUGA